ACCAGCUAGCGCUGGUGAAUUAGCUCACGGCCGUGGCUGGCGGGAACUCGCGAGUGGCAAACAUGCCCAUCCCAGUUUUCCCCUCCCGAACCCCCAACAUCCUCCUCAACCCCCAAAUCACCGAGCCGACGGCGAGCUCCGGCAGAACCGAGUCGCCGCGAUCGGGCUCGAUCAGUGAUCCACAGGAGUACUGGGGUCUACCUCCGCCGCCCGCCGGGCGUCGUCGCCGCGGUCGCGGUGAUGGCCGCCGCCGCCGUAGAUCUAUUCGCAAGGUCAGGGUCGCCGCCGAUCCCACUGGCGCACAGGCACCCACGUCCCUGAAGAAGUUCAACGACCCAAGCGGCAUCCACAACUUAGAUAAAUCCCUGCAAGCAACUCGUGCGGCGGUGCAGCUCUUUUAAAUUGGGCGCACAAGUCUUCUUCCUCCCUUUGCAUCUCCCUCUCGCCCCUUUUAAAUGGCGCGCCGACCUGCGGCUGGCAUUGCAGCUCCACGCCGUGAUCAUGGCGCCGCCGCUAUUCGUUCUCCUCCUCCUCUGCAUUGCUGCCUUGCCGAGAGACACCGCUGCGCUAACCCGCCGUGACUUCCCUGACGGGUUCAUCUUCGGCGCGGGCACCUCGGCCUUCCAGGUGGAAGGGGCUGCUGCAGAAGAUGGGAGGAAGCCCAGCAUCUGGGACACCUUCACCCAUCAAGGUUACUCCUAUGAUAAAUCUACCGCAGAUAUUUCAGCAAAUCAGUAUCACCAUUAUAAGGAUGAUGUAAAACUUAUGUAUGAGAUGGGUUUAGACGCGUACAGAUUCUCCAUCGCAUGGCCCCGGCUUAUACCAGAUGGAAGAGGAGAGAUCAAUCCGAAGGGCUUGGAGUACUACAACAACUUAAUAGAUGAAUUGAUACGGCAUGGCAUACAACCUCAUGUCACAAUCUACCAUUUCGAUCUCCCUCAAUCCCUUCAGGACGAAUACAACGGACUGCUCAGCCCCAGAUUCAUAGACGAUUACACCGCGUAUGCUGAAGCCUGCUUCAAGAGCUUCGGGGACAGGGUGAAACACUGGGUCACCGUCAACGAGCCCAACAUAGAGACCAUUGGAGGCUUCGACGGUGGCGUGUUGCCACCGCAGCGCUGCUCCCAUCCCUUCGGUGUGAACUGCACUGGAGGGAAUUCCACGACAGAGCCGUACAUAGCCGCCCACCACCUCCUGCUUGCACAUGCCUCAGCAGUGUCCCUCUAUAGAGCCAAGUACCAGGCAACUCAAAGAGGACAGAUAGGAAUUACUCUCUUGGGCUGGUGGCAUGAGCCGGCUACCAAUUCAUCACAGGACGCAGCUGCUGCAACGAGGAUGAAUGACUUCCACAUUGGAUGGUUUAUGCAUCCUUUGGUGUAUGGGGACUACCCUGCUGUGAUGAGGAGCAGGGCAGGAGCACAGCUGCCGGAUUUAACAGUGGAGCAGUCUAAUAAAUUGCGCGGAGCAUUCGACUUCAUCGGCCUCAAUCACUACCUCGUUGUUCGGGCGCGAGCCGACGGCAGCACUUUCAAUCUGGAGCAGAGAGACUACUAUGCUGACGCAUACGCCAUCGCAAAUCCAUUCGAUGAUAUCCAAGAGGGCCGCCUUGAGUAUGCUCCUUGGGCUCUAGGGAAGUUACUGGACCACCUGAAAAUCAAGUACGGGAAUCCACCAGUCAUGAUCCAUGAAAACGGAUACGCAGACGCCUCCGAACUCCCGCGGAAGGUCGAGUACGAGGACGACAGCAGAUCAGAGUUCCUGCAAGAUUAUCUGGAAGUUCUCUAUCUGUCCAUAAGGAACGGAUCGGACGUGCGGGGAUACUUUGUGUGGUCUUUCCUCGACGUGUUUGAGUUCCUCUUCGGCUACCGUUCGCGUUACGGUCUGUGCGGCGUCGACAUGAACAGCGAGGGGAGGACAAGAUACGUGAGGAACUCUGCCCACUGGUACUCUGGCUUUCUCAAAGGCGGCGAGCUGCGGCCGGCGUCAUCGCCGGGGAAAGCCUACGCCGCCGCAUGACCUGUGGGCUUCCUGGACACUGCCGGAGGAGGAUUCGGUGUUGUUCCAUUUUUAGCAUGGCCUGCGCAGGUUUUCGUUGUUGUUCAGGCUAUGGCGCUAGUGCCGCUUUGUUGUUCUUAUUCUCUGCUCUAUCUGUAUAUUUCUACGUGAAACGUUUAGCUGUCAACAUGUAUUCGAACGCGCAGCCUUGUAAACUG